AUGGCUGCGCCUCGUCUCGGACCUGAGGCGCCGCGCACUCAGCGUAAUCGACCUGUGCCGCAGGUGCCUACAGGGCCGCCUUCUCGGCGGGAGACGGACGGAAGGUCGACGGUGGAGCAACUGUGCACGCUGUCAACGUUUCAGGGUUCGUUCCACCUUAAUGAGUUUAUAUCGGCGCUGUGUGAGGAGUCACUGGAGAAGGCGCGGGGACAGCCUGUAUUCGAUCCGAAGCCAAUGGCAUUAACGCUCGAACAGGCGAUUCAGGAGCUCCAGAGUAUGAAAAGCAAAGUAGAUGAGCGCAGCACCGCGUUACACUCAGCCGUGCAAGUCUCGCAGUCGGUGUACACCAAGAAGAUCCGGCAGCUCAUGAACAACUUUGACGCAACGCAGUCGUCCUUCAACUCGUUGCAGGAGCGCAUCUCGGACGUUGGGCGCACGGCUAUUCGGAUUGGUGAGCAGCUCGAGGCGCUCGACCGCCAGCGGAACCGUGCGAGUGAGACGCAUGACCUGAUUGAAUACUACUAUAUGUUUGCGCGCAAGGACACUAAGCGAAUUGAUCAGCUGCGCAAGGAAGGGGGGCGUGAAGGUCGCCUGAAAGCCGCGACGGUUCUGCGCCGCCUCAACGUCAUUAGCCGAGAGGUGGACAUCGAGGGCAGUGCGGACACACGCGAGGCCAUCGAGCGGUACUGCGAGCAGUUUGAGCGUGAUAUGCUCAAGCUGUUCGAUAAGUACUACCGACGUUCUGACCCGAAGCUCAUGAGCCACAUUGCGCACGUCCUCCAGCGCUUCAAUGGUGGCAUGUCGUGUAUCAAUAUCUACGUCAACCAGCAUGACUUUUUCAUCUCCAAGGACCGCAUCGUUGAGGCUGACAAGAUUGGCUCAUCGCCCGUAUGGCAUGCACUCACCCAGCCCAAUGCGCCGCCGCCGCGCACAGAGCCGUCGCUGGAUCACUUGUUUACCGAGAUCCGCAAGACGGUGGAGCUGGAGGCACAGAUCAUCGCGGCUGUCUUUCCCACGCCGCUCGUGGUCAUGCAGCUGUUUCUGCAGCGUGUUUUUGCGCAGAGCGUACAAACCUACGUGGAGACUAUCAUGCACCGCGCCCUGGAUGCCGACGCUGCCGAGCUGGGCCUCCCGCGUCAGGAUCCCGCGAGCGAUGUGGCGGGUCUGGCAUUCCUGCGCAUGCUACACGUCACGCGCAGCGCUACCCUGCAGCUUGUAACGGACCUCAAGACGAUCGACUUACGCAGUGCUGGCAUUACAACGGGCGCCACCCCGUACUCCAGCAGUGGCCUCGAUGGACUCUUCUCCAUCGCGGCCACAGAUGCAGAAGCUCUGCUUGGUACAGACAACUACAGUGCUGCGCAACUUGCCGCGGCAGGCGGCUCUGUGCUUGGCGCCAUGCUGGACCAGAGCGUCGACGAGCUGUUUUCGCCGUACCUAGACCAUGUGCGCUACUUGGAUCGGGAGUGCCGUCUCCUGAGCGGCCUGUACGCAGCCGCGCUGCAGGCCUUUUUUACAUGGCACAGGCAAACCAUCAAGGCGUCGCGUGCGAAUGCGACGAUCUUUAGCCGCGUGCGAGACCAGUUUACGGGUUCUAACAACUCACUAGGCAGCUCCAUGGCAUUUGCGACACUAGCUGACAGCGCAGGCUAUGGUGCCGCUGCACCGAUGUCGUCGUUCAAGCGCCUCGUGGAUCGCGCGAGUGGAGCAGCAUCGCUGGAGGACGAUGCCGCGUUGCCUGCGCCGACGCAAGAGCAGGGCGAGCUGACGAUUGGGCUUGCCGAGCGCAUGCUCCGCUGGCACGCGGAGGCACUUGGCCGCUGCGUAGACUUGUGCCCUUCGACGGACGUGCCGAAGAGCACCUUCACGCUUCUGCGCGUACUCACCGACGCCUAUCUCAAGGCGUACGUGGAGGCAGCGCUGGAGACAAUGACCGUGCAAAUGUUUGGAUACGAUGUGCGCAGCACCUCCCCGCCUGACCUGAUGGUGCUGGGCCUGCUGCAGCGUGUCGAAGAGCUCGUGGAGCUUUGGCAGCACUACGUGCACACGGCAGUGUUGCCACUCACGGCGUCUAGUGUGACGAUCCGCCGUGAGACGGCCAUCUACAACAACCACAACCUGCUGCGUGUAGAGGGCAAAGCCGAGGCUCUCGUGCAAAAGUGGACCGACAACAUGCUUGGCUUUAUGAGUCACCGCCUCUCUACGCAAAAGAAGAUGGAUUACUGUCCGAAGAACGACGAUGUGUUCUUUGCGCAGCUCAACACGGAGCCAUGCCUGGCCAUUGUCGAUGCCCUGGACGCAUUUCAUCAGGAAGCGCAGCGCACGCUCACCGAGCGCACGCGCGAGUCGCUGUGCACGGAGCUGGGUGUUGGAUUGCAUGCAAUGCUGUGCGAGCACUUGAAAAAGUUCACCGUCAGCGCGACGGGAGGGCUUAUGCUGACCAAGGACCUCGCGAUGUACCAGGACGUAUGCGCAAAGUUCGGUGUGCCGCUCGUCAACGACCGCUUCGAGAUGCUGCGCCAGCUCGGUACGCUCUUUAUUGUACAGCCUGGCGUGCUCAAGUCAUACAUGCGGGAGGGCCAUCUCAGUUGCCUCGAUGAGGGCCUGCUCCGUCCGUACCUGCACCGGCGACAAGACUAUGCGCGCGAGGUGCGCGCUCUCGACGAAGCAGGCACGGCAAGCACGUCCGACGACGCAUCGAUGCAGAGCUCGUCCCUCCUUGCCUCCUUGUCGCAGCACACAGGCCUCGGCAGUGCAUGGUCACUCGAUAAGACCGAGUACUCGCGCGAUGUGCCAGUGUUUGUCACGGACGUGCCAGAUAUUGGCAGCCUCAUGGAGCAGCUCUUGCACCCACCGCCAGAGCGCCCGAGCUCUGCGCGCAGCAUGUGGGCAGGUGAGGCUCCCUCUCGGAGCAGCACGCCGCCAUCGCACACACACGCCACGGACUCGCCGCGGGUGGAGUCGCCCAGCUCGCUGGACCCCGUCUCUCGCUCACCGUCGCCGGCCAAGGCAUCCCGUCGCGACCGGCUUGGACCUAGCAUCUAG